AUGGAAACAGUCAAAGCAGCGUUGAAUCUCCACAUCGAGGAGCGCCACUUUUGGACGGACUCCACAACAGCCCUCGCUUGGAUUAAAUCCGAUAGCCGACGAUAUCAUCCCUAUGUGGCGUUCCGAGUAGGCGAAAUUCUCAACAGUUCCAACAUUGACGAAUGGCAUCACGUUCCAUCGAAACAAAACGUUGCAGAUAUGGCCACAAAGUGGGGAAGUGGGCCAGACUUCCAACCGGACAAUCGCUGGUUCAUCGGUGAACACUUUCUUUACCAAUCCAUGUCGGAAUGGCCGAAGCAGAUUCAGAAGCAGCAGUGGCAUACAGAAGAGGAAGUACGCGCCGUCUACCAUCUCCAUCGGGAGCUACCACAACCACUCAUCGAUGUGAGUAGGUUCUCCAAUUGGAAUCGCUUGCUGCGGACGGCGGCAUAUGUGUGUAGGGCGAUAAAAAAGUUUCGGAAUGAGGAAAUCAGCGGUACCUUAACUAGCGACGAGCUGCUACAGGGAGAAAAUCUUUUGUGGCGUCAGACGCAGUUGCAAGCCUAUCCGGACGAGUAUAGUGCGCUGGAAUAUAACUCGAAGCAUCCAACUGAGGAACCCUUAAGUCUGGCAAAAUGCAGCAAACUAUAUACUGAAUCGCCAUUUAUCGAUGACGCGGAUGUGAUUAGGAUGAACAGUAGGAUUUCGGCAGCACCCAACGCUGCAUUUGAAACGAAAUAUCCAGUAAUAUUGCCGAAGGAUCAUCCCACUACUCGUCUCUUGGUUGACAGCUAUCACCGGCGUUUCCUACAUAGUAACAACAAUACAGUCCUCAACGAAAUUCGACAGCACUUCAGAAUCCCCCAACUACGCUCUAUCAUCAAACGGAUUUCCAAGGAAUGCCAGCACUGUAAAAUCAAGAGAGCCGCGCCCAGACCACCUAUGAUGGCACCACUUCCAGUAGUACGAUUAACUCCGAACAUUCGGGCGUUCAGUUAUACUGGCGUGGACUACUUCGGCCCUCUAUUGGUAAAACAGGGUCGCAGCUUGGUGAAACGCUGGGUGGCACUGUUCACGUGUCUCACCAUACGUGCAGUGCAUUUGGAAAUCGUACACAGUUUGUCUACGCAGUCCUGCGUAAUGGCCAUUCGUCGAUUCGUCAGUCGCAGAGGAGCCCCGGCGGCGUUCUACUCUGAUAACGGGACCUGUUUCAAGGGUGCUAACAGUUUACUGUGUGAGCAGAUCCAGACCAUCCAGGAGAACUGCGCGGUAACCUUCACGAAUGCCAGGACCACAUGGCACUUUAACCCGCCAUCUGCACCCCACAUGGGCGGAUGUUGGGAGCGCAUGGUUCGCUCUGUCAAGACUGCAAUGUCGUCUAUCGCAGAAUAUCCCCGGCACCCAAGCGACGAAGUACUGGAGACAGUAAUACUCGAGGCUGAAGCAAUCAUCAACUCACGGCCGCUGACUUUCAUUCCGCUCGAUGACGCAGACCAAGAAGCUCUUACACCAAACCACUUCCUGCUUUACGGAUGCACGGGAGUUGUUCAACCAAGAUCGGCGUUUAUGAUAGAAGGACAUACGUUACGGGACAGCUGGAAGCUUUCUCAGUAUCUAGCGGAUCAAUUCUGGCGACGUUGGGUUCUGGAAUACCUGCCAACGUUGACUAGACGAACGAAGUGGUUCAAGCCGGCAAAACCAAUGGAACCCGGAGAUGUCGUGUAUGUAGUUGAUGAAAACAAGCGAAAUGGGUGGACGCGAGGCCGAAUCAAGGAGGUAUUAAAAGGCAAGGAUGGACAGACCAGAAAAGCAGUCCUACAAACCAAGGACGGAAUGCUAACUCGGCCAGCUGUCAAAAUUGCAUUGUUAGACGUUGGUGUAGACCGGAAGCAGUUGGUAGAUGAGGGUUCCCCGGAACUUCACGGGAGGGGGAAUGAGAAGUAUUAG